AUGUUUAGCGAAAAGGCACCAUUUGGAGUUCCCAACCUUUAUAACGCAAAUCUUAGAUUGGAACUAAAGAAAAUCAUUGCAGGCAAAACAUUUAUUGUUACACCUGAUGAAAAUCGCAGAAUUUUGGAUAAUGUUAUUUCCCCACGCGAUUCAUUUCGUGUAAUUUCAGCAAUUUUAAUGCUAAUCGACGAAAAUGCUUCUUAUUCAUUACCAGUAUUCAAAUUACUUGUGAUUUUAAUGAAUGGCUUGCACCAAAACAGAUUCGAAUUCGUUGAGGCGGCCAAAACAUUUUCACAAGAAAUUAGAACUAUUUUAUUCUUGAAUUUCAACGAUGCAGCCGAUAAUUAUCGCGAACAAAUUCAUUACAUGGUCCAAGCAAUGUACCACUUCCUUGUUUAUCAAACUGCUCUUCCAUCAGUUGAAUCUUGCACAAAAGCGUCUCAACUUCAACAACCUCCAACAACUCCACCAAAUUCUACAGGUGGCUUCGAAUUUCCAGAAGAAGAUGAUGAAGAGCUUCCAUUUGAUCUUAAGUCAAUGUCAAAUGACAGAUCAAUUAAGAAUUCCUUCAAUCCUUUCACAAGCAAUCACGAUUUAAUCGCUUUCGCCCAGCCACAGCCAGAACCAGAGCAGCAACCAAUUGCUCCAGUACCUGAAAUUACGCCAGAGGAAAAUAUUGACCAACUUCUAAUUAAUUCCAUCAAAAUCAGCGAGGAACCACCUUCUCCUGCUGCAGAAGGACUUAACAAUCCAAGAGAUUUAUACUUAGUUAGUGAAUUCCAGCUGGAAAAGAAACCUCAGUACGAUGAUACCAUUGAAAGUUAUUAA